ACCAUUUCCAUGACCACUAAUUUAAUUUGCUCCUCCUCUUUCACCCCUUCUUCUUUUCCCCUUUUUUUGAUAUCAAAACGAAAAAGAAAACCCUAGAACGGAAGAGAUUUCAUUCCCCAUCAAAUCUCUUCCUUCUCUCUCCUCAUUUCCAAAGUUCCCAACUUUCCUAACCCGAGAUCUGGUGAAUUGAAUUGAAAUUGAAAUUGUUGUCGUGGUUGCUGCUGCUGCAGCUGCAAGGAAUGCCGCUGAUAUUAGCGAAAAGCGAUUCGAUCCAGAUUCGCGAGGUGUGGAACGAUAACCUGGAAGAGGAGUUCGCGUUGAUUCGCGAAAUUGUGGACAACUACCCUUACAUCGCCAUGGACACGGAGUUUCCGGGGAUCGUUCUCCGACCAGUGGGGAAUUUCAAAAACAGCUACGAUUACCAUUACCAAACCCUAAAGGACAACGUCGACAUGCUCAAACUCAUCCAAUUGGGCCUCACCUUCUCCGACGAGCACGGCAACCUUCCCAUGUGCGGCGGCGACGACGAAGAAUCCGACACGUGCUGCUGCAUCUGGCAAUUCAACUUCCGCGAAUUCAACGUCAACGAGGACGUCUUUGCCAACGACUCCAUCGAGCUCUUGCGCCAAAGCGGCAUCGAUUUCAAGAGGAACAACGAAAACGGCAUCGACGCCCACCGUUUUGGGGAGCUUCUCAUGUCCUCCGGGAUCGUCUUAAACGACAACAUUCAUUGGGUUACUUUCCACAGUGGUUACGAUUUCGGGUACUUGUUGAAGCUUUUGACGUGUCAGGAUUUGCCCGAUACGCAAGUUGGGUUCUUUAAUUUGAUAAACAUGUAUUUCCCCACUGUGUAUGACAUAAAGCACCUCAUGAAGUUCUGCAACAGCCUCCAUGGAGGCUUGAACAAGCUCGCUGAGUUGUUGGAGGUCGAGAGGGUUGGGAUUAGCCAUCAGGCCGGCUCCGAUAGCUUGCUCACUUCCUGUACAUUCAGGAAAUUGAAGGAUAAUUUCUUUAGUGGCUCCUUGGAGAAGUAUGCAGGUGUCUUGUAUGGGUUAGGUGUUGAGAAUGGACAAGGUUCUCAUUGAGGAAAAAAAAAAUGAUAAAACUUGUUAGAUCUCUCUUUGUUUGAGCUGCUUCUGUAUAUCUGUUGAAAUACCAAUUUCUAUUAAUGUAAACCUUUGGCAUUAAGUGUCUUUAUUAAUACUCUCUCUUUGUUGCUACUUA